CCACCGUUCGCAGCUAUUGCCAGCCAAUCGCCCGUCUGCCUAAGCCCGCCCGCAUCCACGCCCGUCUCUGCCACUUAUAUACAUACAAUACAUACAGACAUACAUACACACACCAACUGGAUUUGUUCGUAGUUACUGGCGCCAACACUCCCGCAAACACUCCGGUCUCCCACUUCCCCAGCUUAUCGAUAAUAGACCCCAUCAACCUCGAACGAACGAACGAACGAAGGCAGGACCCUCGAACUGCCAACACAUCGGUCCUACACCCAAUCCACCGCUCCAGCGCUGCAUAGGGAUCUUUUCUCGGACCUCUACGUACCUACCAUUCAUUAGCGAUAUGCGAAAAUACACAGUCUUUGCCUGACAAGCUCGAGCAUCGCCUCGAGAUCUAUGUCGGGCCUCAUUUCUCAUGGCGGGAUGAAUAAAACAUCCGCGCGCUCCUCCACUCCUCCAGCCCGCCGUGACUCUCCUCCGCCCGUGUCACCAACCAUCUCUCGCCUCUCUUCUCGAAGCCACACGCCUUCUAUCCCCCUGGCUGAUUCUCAUGACAUUACUUCAGGCCUCCCGCCUCGGUCUCAGAGUCCGUCAAGGUCGUCGUCUCCGCUCAACCCUACUUCGACAAUGGGGAGCCGCCCUGGCGGACCCGUCGACAAGGAGCGACCUUCGAACAUUCUCCAGCGACCGUCCAUAAUAUCCUCAACCUCUGCUCCAGCAGGCCGCAUACCGCGCCCGCUACUCCCACAAGAUCAUUCUCAUUACUCCGAAGCGUAUCUGCCAACUGCAGCUGUGACUCCCUCCUCGACCUCUCUAGCAGAACUUGCCCACCUCAUCCGUCUUAGCGGUUUUCAGGAGCAGAGGAGGUCACACUCGCGAAUUAGGUUGCAUAGAUGGCUAGUGUCGAGCGCUCUGUCUGCACGCUUAGUGCACUGUGGUGAGCUGGCUCAUCGUACACUAGUUGAUCAUUUCAGGGCAGAUGACAAGAAAGGUUUUGCUACGCUUUAUAAUGCCCUUCAUGACGUUCGGAACUCUUGUGAUGCAACACGGCGUUAUGCUCUGUUGGAACCCGACCUAGAGAUUAUGAAACAAAAGCAUGGAAAGAGUGAGCAGUCCUUUUCCACUUUUAUGCACGAGAUACCUGUCAAAAUUCGGGAUGACCUGCUGGAUUUCCUUUCUGAAAUAAGAACCAAUCCCGACUUUCUCGCGACGCGAGUCACCGGCCUGAACCAGACAGAGCUUGCGUCCAUGACAUCUUUCCGUCAAGUCAUGGACCCAAUUGAUACCGUUAUGGCACGCCAAAUACGUGGUCAACCGAUCAACACAACCCCUAGAUCAUCUCAACCCCCCGGGCCAAACUCAGUAGAGCGACUACUGUCAUUUCAACGACAUGAUCCUCUUGCCGCUCUCAUUUACACUGUCUUCGCGAAUUCGUCUGGGCCAGAUUCCGUGGAGGACUCUCGGCGUACAGACGUCUGGGCUACCACAUGCGCUAGAUUACUCUCAGAAGGUGUCCCUGGAUUUGAAAAGUUCAUCAAGGCUGUCUUUGACGUUUGGACCGGAAUGCGCGAAUGGCCUGGAAAAGUUAAUCUCGAACUCUACUUGAUGAAAGUCCUCCAGGAUGGCCAAUUUCUGUUGGACAAGGCAGAAGAGCAAGCACAGAGACCUAGGACAGGGCAACAAGAAGCUCGGAGCACCAAAGAUACCAUCGCGGCCGAUGAGUUUUAUGAUUCCGCAGUCAAGCAGCUAUUCGAAGUUAUCGAUGAUGAACCAGCAGCCGGAGGUCUACCAGAGGGUUUUCUCGAACUAGGUACCAUAUUCCUGCGAAAGUUGGAAGGCACUAAGCACCGUUCGAAGGGUCAAUUCCUUGUAGUAGGCAGAUGGUUCUUCGCUUCGCAUCUGCUCAGCAGCAUAGUGCAUCCGGAGACGCAAGGAAUUAUGACCGGUCAUCACAUCAGCGAGCAUGCCAGACAGAAGAUCCUCAAGGAGAUUGGUAUUCGCGCCUCGAAGUACGCACUCGACGUCUUGAUGAACUGGAAUAAACCAUCUACAGUUCUGCCAGAGAUAAGGGCACGUGUGGAGAGCAUCACUGGACGUCUGAAGUAUAACCGGAGCCGGUCAAAACCUGUGCUCUUACCUGCUAAGGCCAUUACCUCGCCGCGGGAGACAGUUGAAGUACAGCCCUUCAUCGUGGUUUGUCCUUCGGACAUCGUUACCAUGGUCCAUACACUGUUUCCUGAGCGUCGUCCCCAGUCAAGUGGCACUGAUAAAGACUCUAUACGGCGAGGUGGACUGGCGUCGGGAGCAUCGUCACUAUCUGGGGUAUCAAUGCCGAUGCGGACUGGACCACGGUCUUCUUCUGGUGACGCUAGCUCCGUCCUGAGUAUGUCUGCCUCUUCCAUGACAAGUGAGAAUACGUCCCGAGAGCCUUUACUAGAUGACCCGGAAAGGAUAUCACUUGCCCACCGUUACCCAGGGCCAGCCAAGAUAGAGCCCACAGAAGACUACGGCCGCCGGCUACGACUAGCUUGUUCUGAGAUGUCUCGUAUCCUUGGCGGCGUGGAUGCAAUCUCUGGUUCUUGUCAUCCUUGUGCCGAACGGUGGGCUGUACUUUAUGUUUCACCAGAUGGCAAGGGACUGCGAACGAGGAUGCACAAGGACAGUGAUGACGAGGACGAACAUGACGAUGAUUCUCCUGACAGCGACAGCGAAGAUGAGGGUCAGUCAAGCAUCGAUUUGGAGGCUGACUACCAUCAAUUGAAGCAGAACAUUGCUAAAUUAGUUGAGGAAUAUGAGAUACCUAAGGAGCUAGCACCAGAGAGUGAGUCUAAGGAGUUCAGUAACCGGACAUCCACUCAUCGAAGACACGCUCGCACUUUUGCUCGAGCACAAAGCGAGCAUCUGCAAUCGAAAAAUCCUUACCUUAGUCAAAGCAAUUUAACCAGCCUCAUAGCGGAAUCAAGGAAUAUGACACCAGGACGACAAAGAUCUCCACAACAUCAACGAAGUGGCAGUAAUCCAGAUUCCGGUGAUCAAUCCCAGGAGCGACAGCCUGUUCUGCUUACAAUGCUUGAGGCUGCUAUGACACAAUGUCAGGCCAGGUCAGACUAUGUGAACGCGCACAUCUAUUUCAAGACGAUCGAGCAGCUGAAACGGCUGCAAUCCCCCACAUUGAUGAAGAAUGGCUACGCUGCUCUGUUGAAUUACUUUUCUCGGGGUCCACGUGAUUCCUUGGGCAAAGCAGCUUCGGCUAUCGCCGAGUUCGAAGCUUGGUUUGUAUGGUUGAAUACAUCACAAGAGCGACAUGACGGCACCAUUGAGGAUAUGAUGUUCGGUCUCAAGAGCCUCAGAGACAAAAUGUGGUAUAUCACUGACGUGCGCAAUUCAGCCCGGUACGAGGAGGCCAAAAAUGUUGCUGUCGCGUUAAAGAUGAUGGGCCAGCCAACGAAAACCAUUGGCGGAAAGCCUCUCCAAUCUCACAAACCACGCACGUUUUCCCGAUCAUCUACGAACAACUUCUUGUUAAAGACAGAGUCACAAGUUGUCGACUUGAUUGCCGCGCAGGCCGAGUUUGGAGGUCCGAACAAACUAGGCGAUGAUCAAUCAGAGAUGACAGCCAAAUGGCUUUCCCAAUAUGCAAUCGAAAAUUUUUGCAAAGGCGAGGAACGAAUCCAUCGGUUCUGUCUCGAAAUUGACAGAUGCGUGAACAAACUUGUUGGUGAGGGUGUAAUGGAUGGCCCAGUGCUGUGGUCAAGCGAGCUCUAUCGUCGCGACAAAGAUAUCCUCGACAGCGGGCGACAGAAGGGGGAUUUGUUUCUGACUGGCGUUGGCACACUCUCUAUUGCUCGCGAUGAGGAGUACGAGACCAAUCGCCCAGGGUCACGUAGUCUGGACUUUGCUCAGCGUCCUAGCAUGGGUAGCUUGCGAUCCAUCUCCCACCGCAACGGCUCGCAGCAGAGCUUUGACUCUAGCAAGUGGAACACAGCAAAGACAGUGGAUCUCUUAGAUUCGCAAGACUACUUUGGGCCGUCCAAUCCAGUUCUGACCAUUGAUACGACCAGUACUUUUUGGUCGCCAUUCCAGGGUCAAGCUGAGUCCCCUUCUAGCUCCACAAGUAUCAGACCACAAACAGCUACGUCUUCCAAAGGCACAGUGAUGCUGAAGCAGUCUUCUUCGGUCAAUGAGGAGAAGAGAAGAUUCCUUCUGGACCUGAAGCAGUCAUUGACCGGCUUACUCCUAAGCGAUCUAGGGACAUUAGUAUUCGGUCAUGGCAGCGAGACCGAUUCCUGGUUUUCAGGCGACCUCGGAGAAGAGUGCAUCGCCCGAAAGGAGGAAGAAGAACGCAGGCGAAAACAGAAAUUGGCCCGGAAGAAGAGUAUGAAGAGCAUUCGUGCCGUGAAAGCGGACCAGCAUCGGAAUGCCGGAGGUCCCUUGGAAACACUUGGCCGCAAUGAGCGCGCUCCACCAUCUACUUCCCUAGCCACACUCCAGCAUGCCACGGAUAACCAAUCUGGCGGCGAACAGUCCUCGUCGGCAAGCGAUGCGACAGCUCGUUCUUCUCUGUCUGCUGCAAAGCGAGCGGGACUGCUUGAAUUCCCUUACAACAUGGCAUUCCGUCGAUUACUCCGCAAAUUCGCGACUCAUCCAAAUCCUUUCUCGAAGCUGCAUGCCUUGUACGAGCUGGAACUCAUUAUCAUCGCGUCUCUGUCGUCUCGUUCCAACCGGCAAUUUAACAAUCGGCAGCCUCUCCCAACAGUGCCCCAGUCGCCAACCUUGGGAUCCGUCCCAGAGCUCAGCUCAAGAGAGCCAGUCGCUCCCGUUCAGCGAGCUGCGAAUCUUCAGGAAGCCAUUGCUAAUUGUGAAGAACGUCGCUCACAUUCCAUGAAUCUGCAAUCGGAUAUUGGAUAUGGCACGAGCUCACCAAUACCUCGUUCUGGAACAAAGUCACCCGGCGGUCCACCCAGCACUGAUAUGAUAGUUGAAGUGUUGCAAGGCCUCUUCCGGGAUGCAGAGAUUCGCCCCAGAACUCUUUUCCGUGACUUACAGUACAUAGCCGCCUUUGUUCCUGCAUCAAUGUUAGACAAAUCUGCGCGAGGGAAAGCAUUCUGGGACGCUGGACUAGCGGCUCUAGGCCUCAAGGAGGAUGUCUGCAGAGUUAUGGUCGAGAUUGCUGAUGAGAUUGUGGUAUACAACACACAAAAUCGUGGCACUCACCAAACAGCAAACAGCACAGGAUCCGAUGGCGCGGGAUCUAGCAAAACGAGCUCAACACUAUCCUCCAUCAAUAAUACAGGAGCGGAAGGCCCUGAUAGCCCAGCACCACGGUUCAGUAUGGAAGAUGCAGCACGCAUGCUUGUCAUCACAGCUAAGGAAGGUGAUGCCGUCGCCGAGCGCGAGUUGGCUAUCUUCUAUCUUACACAUCCCGAUCUUUUGCAGAUACGCACAAUCCUUCCUCUCACCAGACCUAAGGACGUAUUCAAGGCGGAGCUUCUCAAUCGCGAUCGCGGCAGUAAAAGGGAAGAUCCUACACGUAGCGAUCCCAUCACCAUGUGCGUAGCACAACACUGGAUGGAGAUGAGCAUGAACGGUGGCGAUGAGCUUGCACGCAAAUAUCUUCGCCAACGAGAAGACAUGGAGCGCAUUUCCUAAAUGCAAACAUUAGAAAGUGAUACCUUGCUUAUCAUGUGUCGCCUUCUGAUUCCCUCGGGCUACAAUUAGACUGGAUUUUAGCGUUUGUUGCUUGCUUAUUGCGAUGCAUAGCGAAAGGUCGCCUCACAGUGCAUGUCACGAAUUUCCUUGGCUUAUAUAG